AUGGAUCCUGUAACGUUGUUAGAUAGUCUCGAGAGCCAUGCAUCCUUAUCUCCUAAGCGUGGUAUUGAGAUACUGGACAGCGGGUGUAACCAUGUAUUUUCCAAACGGCCUUUGGAUGAUGCUAUAAGGUUGUUAUAUAGACCGGAUGCGGGUGUUGAGUCGUCUAUCGAAACUCGGUUUAUAUUAAAGCGUGCUAGAAAGGAUGCUUCCAAACGUUUUCGUGAUACUCUGCCUUUUGAUCGUGAGGGUGUGAGUGCAGCAUGCCCGUCUGCAAAUUUCUGUGUAGCUCCUAGGGUCGGAGAGUUGUUAUUUUUAGAAGAUGCGCUUGAUAUGUUGCGAACUUGUAUUAUUAAGAUGCCUGGAUUCGAUAAAAAGGAGCAAUUGGAUGCUCUGAGUUUAGAAUCUGAUGGUGUCGUUUCGUACUUUUCUCAAGUGGUUGAUAUAUUUUUGGAAUAUUUGGAUGAGCAAUGUGUUGCUGAUCUUCAUAUAGAAGGUGUACCGGACAUGGGUGAGUGUUCUGAGGAUGAGAGUACGGUAUCAUUGCCGGAUGAUACUGACCGUGAUUCGGUUGGUGUUAUAUUGCAUUGUUUGAUUUUAUGGUGUAAUUGGGUUUUUGAGAUGCGUUCUAUUGCUGAAACUGCUUUAAGUUUGGUCCAUUCGUCAUUGGAUCGUUGUGAAUCUCAGCAUGUGUUAGACACUGCGGUUCGGCUUAAGGAAGCGAAUCGCAACAUGGUAUUUUAUUCUUCUAUGUGUCGAACUAUGAGUGCUGCAUUAAGUGAGCGUGACUCUUGUAUGAGUCAUCUUGUUUGGGAUCUUGUGUGCGAGAUUCAAUUACUGACCCAGGUUGAAAGGCAAGCUGAUGCUUCUGCUGCCUCACCAUGGCAGCUUAUAUCGGAACAACUUUCAUGUGGAACCAUUGAGUCUAAUGAGAUCCCUUCAGUGGUCUCUGAUGAUCCAUUUCAUAAGAAUGUUCAACUCCUGCGUAACGAGAUGCGUGUCCGUAUUAAUUUUAAGGGUGAGUGUGACGCCCUGUCUCGAGAGUGCGACCAUUAUCUGCAGGAGCAAUCGUCUCUGAACGGUCGUCGUCUGGCAUUGGUUGGGAGGUUAGAGCAGCUGAGUAAGCAGUUGCAAGAGCUGGUUACAGCGCAUCGUAUUGAUACUCAUAUUGAUAGUGUGAAAUUGCCUGAAUCUAAGAAGCUAUCACCAUUGUUGUAUCACUUUUUAGUUCGUAUGCAGCUGUUAUCAUUAUGUCGUCCUAGCCGUGAGAUUCUUUUUAAGGUGAUGAAGUAUCGUGAUAGUGACUACUGUUUGCACAUGAGUCUUUUGACGCCGCGUGACUUGUUGAUGCCCAAUAGUGAAACUGCAUCUAAGGCUUUUCCAUUACAAUUUAUUGUAUCAUUGGAUGCCAAUGGUCGUUUGUGUGUUAAGGAACCGUUAUAUCCGUUUAGCAUUCCAUUUUUGAGUCGUAUAACAUCUAAUUCUGAUGUUAACUCUGAUAAGAGCGAGAUUUCCAACACUUCUACAAGUGACGAUGGUAGUAAAGAUGUUGAUUCAUGUGAUACAUGCGGUUUGGGUGAGUUUAGUUUAGAGGAUAAUGAUAUCCCUUCUGCUUUUUGUGAUCGUCUAGAGUGGUGGUACAGAGUUGCUCACCAGCAUAUUUGGAACUACCAUAUAGUCGAUGGUUACCGUUACAAUCGUUUAGAUGUGGAUUUUCUGUUACCAUGUGAGUUAACUAGAGGCCACGUAUCUCGUUACGAAUACAAAUGUGGUGCUUGGUUACUUGCGAACGAGUGUGCUUCCAUAGUGAUGCGUUUAGAAUUUGACGAGAGUCUGAAAGCACGAUGUACAUUUAGUGACUUCGAUCGCAAGGGCCGUCUUCAAUUGGAUUGUGAUAGUCCGCUUAUAGGUAGAGUUUCUUCUAAACGUGAGUGUUUAAAUAGCGAGAACGUCUGUGAGGUAACUUUAGAAUAUAGAAUAUUAUAUAUAUAUGUUCAGUUUCUGGAGUCGUUAUACGAUGAGAUUAGUCAUCACUUCGGUUCUGUUUCGUUGAUCGUUAAUCUUGCGUUAUUGAUGGAGUCUUACGCUUUGAUCUUUGAUUGGUUAUCUAGUGUUGACAAUUGA